GAGUCAAUGUAUGGAGUUAGUCAUCGCGCGGACGUAUAUCCAAGGACGUUACAGCUGAAGCUAGGAGGAAGCGAUUCAUCCGGGGCCUGCUCCAGGAUUUCCAGUGACCUGGAUGAAAACUGCCUUGCUUCCUGCUAUUGAUUUUUAGCUUUGGUUCUGUUCUUCCAAUAACUUUCUUCUUCUUUAUAUCUGAAUGCCUAUUCAUGACUCUGUCCUCUCUUCCUGAUGUUGUGAUGAUAAUAAUUUUUCAUCUUCUGAAGGGGUGCCUAUGCUGUUUGUCCUCCCGUGGGGUGUAGUCAAGUACCUCUAUGAAGAUGAUGGCUGCUGGACUCGGAAUUACAAUAUGAACUACUGGCUCAUCAUCCGCCUGCCUAUCCUCAUCGCCAUCGGGGUGAAUUUUGUCAUAUUCAUACGGGUAAUCUGUAUCAUCAUAUCAAAACUGCAGGCAAAUCUGAUGUGUAGAACGGACACUAAGUGCAGACUCGCAAAAUCCACGCUGACGCUGAUCCCGCUCCUGGGGACGCACGAGAUCAUCUUCGCCUUCAUCACUGAUGAACACGCCAAAGGGUCCUUACGGUACAUCAAGCUGUUCUUUGAACUCUCCUUCAGCUCCUUCCAGGGUCUGAUGGUGGCUGUACUGUACUGCUUCAUCAACAACGAGGUCCAGGCUGAGUUCCAGAGGAGAUGGGAGCGAUGGCGGCUGGAACAUGUACACAGUCAACGUGACAGCAGCAUGAAACCCAUCAAGUUCCCGGCCAACAGUCUGAGCAGUGGUGUGACCAUGGGCAGCAGUGUCUAACCGUCCUCCUCAUCAUCCAGCUGGACAUACAUUGCCCACUCAUGAACUGUGGAGUCACCAGAGGAAAUCUCACAAGCAGCGAGGUCCAUCAAGUGAAGACGUGUCCUCAAUUAUUUUUUCUAAAAAAGUCACAUUGACAUUUUGCUGCUUUCAGUCUCAGCGCUUCUGCCCUGCCGGUUCGUUGACCAACCACUAGUCAGUUCUCAAGAAAAGACCUGCGAGGCUGCAGGGAGAAGAAAAAUCUUGAGACUUGAGGUUGUGGCACAGAUAGCGGUUGUCACUCUUUAAAGGACAUGUUUACAUACAGGUAUUGCUGAAAUGUACUGCCACAACCAAUAAACGAGGCCUCUAAACGGCCUGGCGGGUCUAUGAGUUUCUUCAGGAAAACAUCUACGAGGUUCUUCUGGAAAGUAUUUCCAAGGUGUUCAGGAGAAAAUCUAUGAAGGUCUUCUAGAGACAAUCUUAAAAGGUCUUCAAGAGAACAUCUACUAUAGUGUUCUGGAGAACAUUUCCAAGGUCUUCAGGAUAAGAUAUGUGAGGGUCUUUAAAAGAACAUCUAUUAAGGUCUUCAGGAUAACAGCUCCAAGCUCUCCAGGAGAACCUCUAUUGGAGCCUUUAGGAGAACAUCUGUGAGGAUCCUCUUGAGAACAUCUAUGAGGGUCUUCAUGUUAAAGUGACAGUGCUUUAUUUUACUCUUUGAAUGUCUUCACCAGCACCUUCAUGGUCUUCAUGGGUGGUCUGAGUGCCUAUUAUCUCAAUACGUUGGAAGGGGAGGGAACACAUGAUUGCUUUUCAUUUUACUUGCA